AACAAAUAUGCUGAAAUGUCAAGCAGAAAAUCUUACAAAAAAUAUUUCUCGUGCUCGGGAAGUGCAGCCUUAUCAAAUAUUCCUCAACGAACAAGACACAGGAAGAGGACUGCUAGGGCUUAUUUGAAUACUGUACGGGAAAACAAUAGCCCUCCUGAAUUUGAAAUUCCACCGGAGGUGGACUUUGGAAACGAGUCGUCUGACGCAAAUGAGGAUGACUCCGAUUCCAGUGAUUUAUUCAGCGAACAUGAAGUCGAAGUUGAAGAACUGUACACAGGAGCACGAAUAUCUCGGAAAGAAAGCAAUCUCUUAAUUCUGGGUUACUCAAUUCGACAUAAAAUUACCAAGACAGCACUGUCAGACUUGCUAAACUUAAUCAAUUACCAUGUUCCUCAUGGCGUUACUAUUCCAACGUCCACAUAUUUGUUUGAUAAAGAGGUCGGAGGAGAUUACAGCCGAAUUCAAAAGGUAGCUUACUGCAAAGACUGCAAAGUUGAAAUAAAGGAGGACGAUUCUAAAUGUGGCAAAUGUCAAGUUCCGACUACUUUCUCGACGUGUUUGACAAGGGGUAACUUUUUCGUUUCCUUUGACAUCAAAAAGUCCCUACAAGAUUUACUACAGAUUCAAGCCAUACAGAAAUCUUUGGCAGAAAAUUUGACUAGAAGACAGAUGGGUGCGGUGUCCGAAAUACGAGAUAUCAUAGAUGGCGAUAUGUACCACAGGCUCGGUUUGAAGGACAACGACAUAAGUUGCUGCAUCAAUACGGAUGGCGUCUCCAUAUUCAAUAGCUCAAAACACAGCAUUUGGCCUCUACUAAUAUCCAUUAACGAGCUGGGUUAUCAACUGCGAAGAAAAUUCACAAUACUUGCUGGUUUGUGGUUUGGAGAUGAAAACCAAAUUUCGAUAUUUUUCUUGCACCCUUUAUCCAACAAGCAAUCGAAUUAUCAAGAAAUGGCGUAAAUUGGAUGUUCAAAGAUGUGAAAAGAUACAGUCGUGUAUACUUACUCCCUUACUGGCAGCCGAUUCGGUAGCUCGGUGUCAACUGCAAGGAAUCAAUCAAUUCAACGGGGAACAUAGCUGCCCAUGGUGUC